UGCCCCCUUGAAUUCAGUUCAGAGUACUGCUGGCGCUCGAGGGGUCGCGUGUGCGAAUCUACGGGUUUAUGGUUUUUGGAUUAUUCUAUUUUUUAUUUGGUUUAAAAAAUAGAUGCCAACGAGAAGUUGAACUGUAUUGCUGGUGGAUAUAAUUCUGUGGUAUUCCUUCGUCAGUAAAGGAAUGUGUUUUUCUUUCUGCUAGCUCCCAAUUUCAGCGGCACAUCUGACAAGUGUUACGGUGAUGUAAAAUGCAGAAGAGCACCGAUUCUAAACGUCCAGCCAAUGCUUUUUGCAUCCGCGUUGGAGCGUUCUGCCCGCACACUUAACAGUGUCCCAGUGCAGAUCACCCAUGCAACAGUGACUACGGAUUUUGCGAAACCUAAGCGACGACCAAAGUGGAUUUGAAAGAUUUUUUUUUUCGUAAAUGGAUCGCUAUUCAAAUUCCAUUUCCAUUUGGCUCCAACUGGAAAUUUGCGCUAUGGCUGUUCUUCUAACAAAAGGAGAAAUAAGGUGUUACUGCGAUGCCCCUCACUGCGUCGCUACCGGCUACAUGUGCAAAUCGGAGCUUAACGCCUGCUUCACGAAGGUGUUGGACCCGCAAAAUACGAACUCUCCUCUAACUCACGGGUGUAUCGACCCUUUCACGACCUCGAGUGCCGUGUGCAGUUCCAAGACCUCAGAAGAUAAGAGCGGAGGUUCUUCCGCGCUGGAGUGCUGUCAUGACGACAUGUGUAAUUACAAGGGCCUGUACGAUCUGGUCCACGCCAGAGGAGACGCUUCGGAUCAGGCGGGCCGGUACCAGCCCGAGGGGAGCCGGGGCCUGGUGACGCGGGUCCAGGAGCUGGCCUCCACCAAGGAGGUGUGGUUCCGCGCGGCGGUGAUCGCGGUGCCCAUCGCGGGCGGGCUGAUCCUGGUGCUGCUGAUCAUGCUGGCCCUGCGCAUGCUGCGCAGCGAGAACAGGCGCCUGCGCGACCAGCGGCAGCAGAUGCUCUCGCGGCUGCACUACAGCUUCCACGGGCACCACGCGGAGAAGGGCCACCUGGCCAAGCUGGACCUGGAGUGCAUGGUGCCCGUGACGGGCCACGAGAACUGCUGCCUGACCUGCGACAAGAUGCGGCAGGCCGACCUGUCGCUGGUGCACUGGGGGAUGUACCGGGGCCACGGGAAGCUGGAGUUCGUAUGAUGCCCACACCCCCCAUCCCCACCCCCGCACCCCCACCCAUCUGGGACAGAACCAGGCGUUCUUUCCUCCCGUUGACGUUAAAACACCACUUUCGGUCGAUAACUUUCCCAGUUCGAUUACUUUUUUUUUUUUCUUGUUUCUUCAGAAAAGAAAAAAAAAACUUGUGUACUGCAAUUCGUGUGUUUUUUAUUUUUUUUUUGCCAAGCAGCACUUUACUUGAAACGAACGCCGAAUCGAAGCGGAGCUGUUAAAAACGAACUGGAGAACGCGGGACGGGCCCCGCUCCGUUUUCGGGCCCCUGGCGCUGCAGGCCCCCGGCGGACCCGCUGAAGGAUUCCAAAAUUUUUCUCGUAUUUGCACAUUUGUAUAAAGAAAAUAGGUCGUUUCGCUUUAAACGGAAGCUCGGUAGAAGACAUCCACGCUGACCAGGGUACAAACAGACUUUUGCUGAGGAGGGAGAAAGAAGAUUCAGUGUUAACUCUAGGUGUACACACUCCUCUGUGUAUGUUUCUCCAUCCAGUUUAUUGUAAAGAUUUUAAAGUAUAUAUAAAUAUAUUUUUGUCGGAUGA